UCACGAAUGAUGGAAAAAGUACAGAGUCCAGGGGAAGGCUGGCUCCGGACCUUCUGAAUUCCGGGAUUUUUUUUUUAUUUGAUUUAUUUUUUAUUUUUUCAUCACUUUCACUCCGGGUCGCCGUGGCCCGCCGCGUCCUCCCCCCAAGGCUACACCGUGGGACACGCUGUGUCUUUUCUGCUGCUCAAUGGUUUCUGCUGUAAGCCCAAGGGCCGCCUGUCGUUUCCUUGAGGAUGUCGUCCAGCUCGGACCCUGGGGACUCGCAAGACUCCCCGAAGCACGGACGGGUGCCUGUGGUGUCUCAGUUUAAGAUGGUGAAUUACUCCUACGAUGAGGACCUGGAGGAGCUGUGCCCCGUCUGCGGAGACAAAGUGUCCGGCUACCACUACGGGCUGCUCACCUGUGAGAGCUGCAAGGGGUUUUUUAAGCGGACGGUCCAGAACAACAAGAGGUACACGUGUAUAGAGAACCAGAGCUGCCAGAUUGACAAAACCCAGAGGAAGCGCUGUCCCUACUGUCGGUUUCAGAAAUGCCUGAGCGUGGGGAUGAAGCUAGAAGCGGUCAGGGCCGACAGAAUGCGCGGCGGGAGGAAUAAGUUCGGGCCCAUGUACAAGCGGGACCGCGCCCUGAAGCAGCAGAAGAAGGCCCUCAUCCGGGCGAACGGACUGAAGUUGGAGGCCAUGUCCCAGGUGAUCCAGGCGAUGCCCCCCGAGCUGGGCAUCAGCUCCGCCAUCCAGAACAUGCACUCGGCCUCCAAGGGCCUCCCCCUGAGCCACGCCGCCCUGCCGCCCACGGACUACGACCGGAGCCCCUUCGUCACCUCCCCCAUCAGCAUGGCCAUGCCCCCGCCCCACGGCAGCAGCCUGCAAGCCUACCAGCCCUACGGCCCCUUCCCCAGCCGGGCCAUCAAGUCCGAGUACCCCGACCCCUACACCAGCUCGCCCGAGUCCCUCAUGGGCUACCCCUACGUGGACGGCUACCAGACCGGCUCGCCGGCCAGCGUCCCGCACCUGAUCCUGGUGGACGACCAGAUGAAGCUGCUGCAGAACUGCUGGAGCGAGCUGCUCAUCCUGGACCACCUCUUCCGGCAGGUGGUCCACGGCAAGGACGGCUGCAUCGCCCUGGUCACCGGGCAGCAGGUGGAUUACUCCAUCAUCGCGGCGCAGGCCGGGGCCACGCUGGGCAGCCUCAUGAGCCACGCCCAGGACCUCGUGGCCAAGCUACGCUCCCUGCAGUUCGACCAGCGGGAGUUCGUGUGUCUGAAGUUCCUGGUGCUCUUCAGUUUAGAUGUGAAAAGCCUGGAGAACCUGCAGCUGGUGGAGGGGGUGCAGGAGCAGGUGCACGCGGCGCUGCUGGACUACACGGUGUGCCACUACCCGCAGCAGGUGGAGAAGUUCGGCCAGCUGCUGCUGCGGCUGCCGGAGAUCCGGGCGCUCAGCCUGCAGGCCGAGGAGUACCUGUACUACAAGCACCUCAACGGCGACGUGCCCUACAACAACCUGCUCAUCGAGAUGCUGCACGCCAAGCGGGCCUGAGCGCGGCCUGGGGGUGCGGCC